AUGUGUAAACCAACACAAUCUUCUCCAUCCAAAAGUGUCAUUUCCAAGAAUACCCUUUUCAAGAAUCUCAACAAUAAUCCCCCAAAAUCCAUGGAUGAUGAUCAUCACCAUCACCAACUUCAUGGAUGGCCAUCCCCUUCUGAGGCCUUGGAGGAAAUCAAAGCCAUUGGAAAGAUUUCAGGACCAACGGCCAUGACAGGCUUACUACUAUACUCAAGGGCCAUGAUUUCCAUGCUUUUCCUUGGCCAUCUCGGUGAGCUUGAGCUAGCCGGAGGGUCUCUCUCCAUCGGGUUCGCUAACAUCACUGGCUACUCUGUCAUCUCGGGCUUAGCCAUGGGCAUGGAACCCAUUUGUGGUCAAGCUUACGGUGCGAAACAGAUGAAACUUUUGGGUAUAACUCUACAAAGAACAGUCCUCUUGCUCCUCUCGACUUCUCUCCCAAUCUCUUUCAUGUGGCUUAACAUGAAGACAGUCUUGCUGUGGUGUGGCCAAGAUGAAGAUAUCUCUGCCGCUGCUCAGGCUUUCAUCGUUUUUGCCAUUCCAGAUCUCUUCGUGUUGUCCCUUCUCCAUCCUCUUCGUGUUUAUCUCCGGACUCAAAACAUUACCCUGCCCUUAACUUGCUGCUCGGCGGUUUCUGUGCUUCUCCAUGUCCCGUUGAAUUUCUUACUGGUUGGGUACUUCAAGAUGGGUGUUUCUGGGGUGGCGGUGGCGGCUGUGAUCACUAAUCUCAACUUGUUAUUCCUCCUGGCCACCGUCGUCUACUUCUCCGGCGUCCAUCGGGACUCAUGGGUCUCGCCGAGCACAGACUGUCUCCGGGGUUGGUCGUCGUUGCUGGCACUCGCGAUCCCCACGUGUGUGUCUGUGUGUCUGGAGUGGUGGUGGUAUGAGCUCAUGAUAAUGUUGUGCGGAUUACUAUCAAACCCUAGGGCAACCGUGGCAUCAAUGGGGAUCCUCAUUCAAACGACGUCGUUGGUAUACGUUUUUCCCUCGGCAUUAAGCCUUGGGGUAUCGACUAGGGUUGGAAACGAACUCGGAGCAAACCGGCCGGCGAAGGCUCGUAUCUCAAUGAUCGUCUCGCUCGUCUGUGCCGCCGGGAUGGGUCUUAUGGCAAUGCUGUUCACUACAUUGAUGAGGCACCGGUGGGGGAGGUUUUUCACGGCGGACGCAGAGAUUCUUGAGCUGACGUCGGUGGCAUUGCCGAUAGCUGGACUGUGUGAGCUAGGAAACUGCCCUCAGACCACGGGUUGCGGUGUUCUGAGAGGCAGUGCAAGGCCGACAGUGGGAGCCAAUAUUAAUUUCGGAUCAUUUUAUCUGGUGGGGAUGCCGGUGGCUAUAGUGAUGGGGCUCGCCUUGAAAAUGGGGUUCGCCGGACUCUGGCUGGGGUUGCUUGCAGCUCAGGGAACAUGUGCUUUGCUUAUGCUCUAUAUUCUUUGUACAACAGAUUGGAUUGUUCAAGUAGAAAGGGCCAAACAGCUUGCAAGACCAUCAUCCUCAUCGUCAUUAUCUUGUCCGGUCAAUCCGACCAGGAAGGAUGAAGCUAACAACUCCAUGGAAGCAAAUCUUGAAGAAAUUAUACUAAUAUCUACCAGAAAAGAGGUUGAGAUGGUGAAGGCCGACUGUUGUUUAAUCGAAACACACCCUCUCAUUAAUUAGUUAAUGGGCAUUGAUUAUUACUGAUUAAACUCAAAUUUUCAUUUUCUAG